GGUCACGUAAACGAUCUGCUCCGGCAAGACAAGAUUUCAUUGCUUGUACAGCUCAAACACCGGAGAAAAUAAAAUGUGAACGACGCUCUAUUCCUUACACGAAGUAUUGCUAUCUUCGUAUCCUUUUUUAUUAUCUGACCAUGUUACGGCCAAAAGCGUUUUCUUUUCAUUGACACUGUGAUUAACCAAUUGAUUUUGUUUUUCUGUGCUGAGUGAAAAUCUAAAUAUUUCUUCUAAAUAUUUCUACAUGCAGUAUAUAUUUAUUUAAAAUCUGCCAAUUUUAUAAAAUAGUAAGGUUGGUUUCCUUCAAAAUCUUCACCACUAAAUGGGAUCGUCUGGUGUCGGGUGAAAUGAAACCAAGCUAGGGUAAUGUAGAUUUUGAAGAAAAUGAACUCUUUAUGGUAUUUUGAUAAGUGGAGUAGUCUCUGACAUUUCGUGAACCAUUACAAACUUAUAAUAUAAUAUUUAUUUUAGAAAGACAUCUUGUUUGACCUUAACUUAUUUUAAGACAUACUAAAUGACACCAAACAACAAUUAUUUCAUCAAUGUGCUGCUGAUCUUUCGCCAACGUCUAAAUGUUCACGAACCACAUUGGAUCUUCUUUAUGAUAAACCGUUGUGUCGUGAGCAUUCAACAACGACGGUAAGCUUGUUUCUCACUUUUACAUGUGUAGGGGGUGUUAGUGGCACAGUACAGUAGUUAAUGGGUGUGCCUAUCACGUCUUCGACGAACGUUCGUUUUCUACAUUAUCAUAGGCGUAAGAAGCAACUUCAAAUUUAGUUUAGUUUAAUUUAUUGAAUUUCGUCAAAGUUGGGACAUACGUGACAGGAGAGGACACAGGAUAAACUCCCAACUGACAAUCCCCUUCUGCUGAAGAAGCACUUCAGAACAGUCCGGCUUCCGCGUGUGAUAAAUUGGACUAUUAGCGAGAGAAAGUCUGACAGCCAUCUAGUGUAUUGUGUAUUGUUUAAUUAUAAACGUAUAAUUCAAAAGUUUUGUAAUCUUGAUUUAGGAGGUUGCAGUGCAUCCCAUGGCACAACCGGUACAACCAAUCAUUCCUCCACUACAGUUGUCUCUUCAAAAACCACUUGCGAAGAAGGCAAGGAGGAAACCGCAAGUGAAAGCCACGCCAGCACAAAAACCUGCCAAGUCAAAUCGUAGACCCACAAAGAAAGAAUCAAAUAAGACUAGCAGGUCUGAUAAAACCAAGAAAGGAGGUACUCAACCGGUAUCGGGUAAAGGGAAACAAGAGGCACUCAACCGCGCUGCAAACCAUAUAAAUUUCGAAAAAUCUUUAUUUCCUACGGAAAGCGCAGAAAGAGAACAGCUUCAACGGUCGUUGAUUUAUCCUCUAAACGGAACCCUAAAAUUGGAUCAGCUACCUUCGAACAAGAACGACAUGUUUGUUAACGAUAGCUUUAAGGAGCAAGAAAUGUUUGAUGAUAAUGAAAUGGAUGUAGAUGACAGUUUAGAGAACGACGAUUUAUCUGAAGAUUUGGGUGAUAUUUCCCCCACUGGAUUACUGAGGGAGACUGUAUUAAAACUACCACCCGAAAGCCCUGAUCCAACAGUUAGUUCACACACCCAACCUCGAGUCUCGCCUGUUGAAGCCUUCUCGAUGAACUCUAUCAACGAAGGAAAUCUUCAUAAGCCUAUUAGGAAAGAUAAUUUGUGCACAAACGAUAUUUCACCGAGGGUAAACCAUAGCAAUGUUACACCCGGACUUCGACCCUCACGCACCACCGUGAUUACUUUACCAAAAUACCCAUCAAGUACGACGUCGUAUAGUGCACUCUUGACGAGACAAAUUCCACUAGGAAUAAAUACGGAUUACACUGCGUUCAGGCCUAUUGGACCGACAAUUAUUAAAUCAGAAGUUGGGGUGAAGAAAGGAGACCCCCGACCUUUUGAUGUGAACCAUGGCCUCCAGUUAUUCCCGUUACCCUUCGAGCCGGUGUUGAACUCGUCAGUAGCAUGGGGCGGAGGAGGCAAGCUUUUGUUGAACAACAGAGCGCGACCGGUAUUAUUUAACUCUCAAAACCCCGUGACAUUCUCCCCACCUUCGCUCUCCCCACACGUUUCCCCUCAAAUCACGCUAGGAACAGCAUUUAAUUUCGAUCGUCCUACCGUGUUACAGCACUCGACCAGUCCAUCACCAACGUUGAGCCCCUUCAGCGCUCACCUACCUAAUUCCCCGCACGGCAAAUUGGUUCCACGAACGUUGCGUUUGGAAAGUCGUGGUAACUCAAAUUCCAACGACAUUCAUGAUCCGUUUUUUGGUGCAUCGUUUGACAAACCUUGACAGCGUUUAAUGUAUUACAACUUGUUCUUUUUUAGAUUUCUACAGAUGUUAAGUAUCAUCUCUAAACUGCGACAGUAUAGAUUGUACAUAGUUUUAAUCAUAAUUUCUUCUGGUAUAUGGUAUUAAAAGUUAAUGUAAAGAGAUUUAUAAUAAAUAUAUUCUCUGAAUAUACAUACUCUUGCAUGGUCAUAUGUAAAAAAUUGAAAUUUACAAGGCGCCUCUAAAAUAUGCUAGUUUGAUCAAAUUACCGAGGGUGGUAAUCUCAGUUCAGCGUAUUCGCGGCUUAGGAACUGAGCUUACUUUAUUCGAAAAAGCAGGAACUGAUCUUCGCUAACUAAUUACUUUUUUCGUUUGCCGCGAACAAUAAGGCAAUUCCAGCUUUUAGUUUAUGCGUGCAGGGGAGGAUGGGAAGUAAGGUAUCAUAUUGCUGGUUAUGCUGAAGAAAAAAUAAAGAUGGCGGCCGUGAAAACACGGAGAGAUAGCUUAUACUUGUAAAUAUUGAAAUGUUUCGGCAGUUUUCAUUGAAAUUUUUCAGCAUAAUCAGCAAUAUGGUACCUUUAAUACUUCCUGUCACCCCCUGCGCACAUAAAUUAAAAGCUGGAAUUGCCUAUUCAACUAGUGGAAAACGAGCUAUAAUAUAGUGUUGUUUCGCACUUUUAAGGCGCCGAUAACUUACCGAAUGAGCGCUAAUGCUCAAAUAUGAAAUGAACAAAUACAUAUACGAAAUGAACAAAUACAAGAAAUAAAUGAAUUUGAAAUUAUACAGUUGCAUUAAU